GUUGACAUGGUGCACGUACCUGGAAUCACUCAACGCCUGUAUCCACGAAAGGGCGGUGGUGGUGGCGGUGGCAAAGGAGGUGGCAGCGGCGGUGAAGGUGGUGGGACGGGCAAGGGCAGUGGUUCUGAGGGCUCCGGCGAUGGCUCUACAGGCUCGAGCGGCAGGAGCAGCGUCCCGCUCAGCGGUUCUACAGGAGGCAGCAAUGACCGAACCAUCACGGCCUACGGGAAAGGCGGCGGCUCAGCGUCAACUAUUCCGAGUGGGCAGCUGUUUGCUGGGCGCAACGUAGGCGGGGGUACUCGCGAUCAGGUAUUCGGAACGAGGACAUAUGGCAGCGGGUACCCUGGUCAACCGAACAAUCGCGGUGUCACUAACUUGGGCUUCCCCUUCGUUUUUUGGCCUGUCGUAUGGGGCGGCACUUUGGGCUACGGCGCUGCAUACUUGCAUGAUACGAACGAGUAUGGCGAUCCGAAUAAUUCAAGCCGUCCGGGAGGUCCCAUGGCGCAGACAGUCUUUGCUGACAAGAAUUCGAACAACACUUUCCACCUUCUCGCAGACAACACUACCGUGGCGUCCCUAAUUGAUUCGGUCGCAGCAAACUGUUCCCUUGGAAAUACGACUGCUCUGACCCCCAUACCCCUGAACACUUCUGACCCCUCGCAACCCCGACCGGAGCAGGCCGUGCAAUAUUAUCGUGCAAGCAGCGUUGUACUUACACUCGAUGGCUACAACGAUACGGCGGCCCUCUCAAACGACAGCUCUAUGCCUGAUACCCCUCUUCCGUCCUGGGUAGACACCCCCUUCCUCAACUGCCUGAAUCAGACUAUCGGGGCCGCCGUUCCGCUCGUUGAUGCCGCAAGCCCUUCAAGCGUGUCUGCUGUGCUCGGUUCCCCCGGCAUGAGCCUUUUGGGCCUGAUUUGGAUAUUCGUCAUAUCUUCCCUCGUCGUCUGAAAGCCAGGGUUGCGCAUCUGUGACACUUAUCUCUUCCUUCGUGUCACGUUUUGCGGCUUCUGGAGACAUUUUGAAUUCUGGUGUUUGCUAUCCUGUGUUUCUCGUACGGCAUACCCUAAUAUUAUAUUAUUAUG